AGGCUUUGCGGCUGAGUGACGACACACGCACACGCACUCUGUGGAUUAUGACGCAAUCAAAAAUGGACCGACAGCGCUUCAAAAGCAACGUUGCGCCUAAAACUCUGCAUUAAUGUUUACAUAAUGUGGCUAUAAUUUAUAGUACAUGCAGUGAGCAUAACGUUAGAUGUCAACACAUGUGCAAAACGCACGUUGUAGAGGCAACACGUGGCCAAACAAAGCUGUGCAGAGGCGAGAUGUCCGUGUUGUUGUCUCUGCUGUAGUCCGUCGCUUCCUAAAACACAUGAGGGCUUCACAGGGGUUUGUAAAAGUCGUCCUUCACUGACUCCCAGUCCCAAUCAGAAACCACAGAGUGUUUAUGUCACAAAUGUAACGUUUCACUCUUAUAAACGCGAUAACACUAUGAUCAAGAAGUGUCAAAAACAUCUGGAGAGACCAUGCACAGCUGGGCACGUUAUCUCAUCUUUGUUCAAUACAUUGGAACUAAAUACAGUGGUGUAGUGAAAGUUCCUCCACAUGAGCUGAUUAAGAAAGGGGUCCAGGACCACUUAGAGGAGGCAAUAAAGAGGCUGAGGCCACUCAACCCGGUGUCUCUGACAGUCUCCAGCAGGACGGACACAGGUGUCCACGCUCUCUCUAACUCCGCACACUUCGACCUCCAACGCAAGAACGAUAAGCCUCCAUUUACUGAAGACAUCCUUGUUGAGGCUCUUAAUUUCCACCUCAGAGCAGAGCAGAUCAGGCAAAAAGGCUGUCACUUCACAUCGGAGCAGGCGCUGAAGGCAGACGCAAGGGUUUCCUCUGCCACGUGUCGCACUCAAUCUCCUCCCCUGGAAACGAUCACCCGAGCCCACCGUGUGCCUGAUGAUUUCCACGCCCGUUUCCGUGCCCAGUCUCGGACCUACGUCUACCGAAUAGCCCUGGGAAUGUCCCAUCAUUCCCUGUUUCCCCUCACAGACCGCGACCUCUGCUGGAACCUCUGCGACACGAAGCUGGAUGUUGGAGCCAUGCGCGAGGCUGCCGUCCUGCUGGUUGGGACUCGGGACUUCAGCAGCUUCAGGGCUGUCAGCUCUGAAAUGCAUUUUAAAAACCCAGUGAAGACGCUGGACACGAUCAGCGUGCAGCCAGGAAGCUCCUUCGUACACACACACUUCCACAGAAAGAUACCAUUCUGGGAGCUGACUUUUACAAGCAGAUCUUUUCUCUACAAGCAGGUGAGGAGGAUGACAGGGGCCCUGGUGGCUGUAGGCCGAGGGCGGCUCUCAGUGGCCCAGCUGAAGGACAUACUGGAGGCUCGGGACUCUCUGGCCUACCCACAAGGCCUGGCUGCUCCGGCCCACGGCCUCUUCCUCACCAGGGUGGACUACAGAGAGGCAGACCUGCGGCCUUCACAACAGACAUCAGAGGAGCAAUUUAUCUCAGGUGGAAACUCAGAGGAUUAAUGCUACGUCAUUCAGUCAUGUUGAUAAACUGUAUUUCAAUACUACUAAUGUAUAUGUAAUGGGCUGUAAUAAAGUUUUGUAUUUAUGUGUA